CAGGAGAGGAGCUGGCGUUGUCAGACCGGCCCGUGUCUGUUGGACUGGACUGACACCUGGGAAAAAGAUGGGGGAGGCGAGAUUGAGAGGCGCAUGGAGCUGGUCCGUCUGGUGUCCCACAACGCACACAAGAGACUGGUCACCUGUCUACAGGGUCACAUCGGAACGGAGGCAGAAAAGAGACACAAAAAGCUCCCUCUGACAGCGCUGUCCCAGGCCAUGCAGGAUGGAGGAAGCCAGCUGGGGGAGGAGUCACUGAUUGGUAAGAUGAUGGAUGUGUGUGGGGAGGCAGAGAGCAGACUAGCGUCUGAGCUGAUGCAACACGAGGUGCAGCUAGAGAGAGACAUCCUGGAACCUCUCAACCAGCUAGCAGAGGUGGACAUUCCCAACAUCCUGAGACAGAGGAAACAGCUGGCUAAGCUAGUCCUAGACUAUGACUCAGCCAGAGCCAGGUGGUUGCAGGCAAGCAAGUCUAUUCACUUUUCCACCAACUACCAGGCCACGGCCGCCAAGGUUGAGACUCUCAAAGACGAGAUGGACGAGGCCCUGAACAAAGUGGAGAUGUGUAAGGACCAGCUGUCUGCUGACAUGUAUAACUUCUCCUCCAAGGAGGGCGACUACGCCCGAUACUAUGUUAUUUUGGUAGAGGCCCAGGCUGACUACCACAGGAGGUCUCUGGCUGCUCUGGAAGGAGUCCUGCCGACCAUACAGGCACAGAACGACUCAUGGAUGGAGAAGCCUGCGUACGGCACGGCUCUGGAAGAGCACCUGAAGAGGAGUAACCGUGAGAUCGCCCUGCCCUUAGAGGCCUGUGUCAUGAUGCUGCUGGAGACUGGCAUGAAGGAGGAGGGUCUGUUCCGAAUCGCUGCUGGGGCCUCCAAACUAAAGAAGCUGAAGGCAGCGCUGGACUGUUCCACCUCCCAGUUAGAGGAGUUUUACUCCGACCCCCAUGCUGUAGCUGGAGCUCUGAAGUCCUACCUCAGAGAGCUGCCUGAACCCCUUUUGACCUUCUCACUGUAUGAUGAGUGGACACAAGCCUCCAAUGUGUCUGACCCAGACAGGAGGCUUCAGGCUUUGUGGGUGGCAUGUGACGGUUUGCCAAAGAACCACAAGGCCAACUUCAGGUAUCUGGUAAAGUUCCUAGCCAAGCUGGCCCAGGACAGUGAGGUGAAUAAGAUGACUCCCAGUAACAUCGCCAUAGUGCUGGGACCCAACCUGCUCUGGUCCAAGACUGAGGGGACUCUGGCAGAGAUGGCUGCUGCUACCUCGGUCCAUGUGGUGGCCAUCAUAGAACCCAUCAUUCAGCACGCUGACUGGUUCUUCCCAGAUGACGUGGACUUUAACGUGUCGGGCAUGUUUGUGGCCAUGACCCCUGAACCUGACCCAGGCCCUUUCGAGAGGCGACGCCCCGGAAGCCUGGUGGACGGGGACACUCCCCGCAAAGACAGCCCCGCUCCUAACAAACUGGGCGACCCCACCCCCACCCCACGUAGAGCUGCCACUCUAAAUAGAAAACAGCACCAUCAUGCUUCUUCGCCCACCUUCCAGCCCCCUCUACCACCGCCAGAGGCUGGAGGAGUCACCCAGACCCAGCCUGUGGCUGAGCCCCAGACCCAGGAGCAAACUCUGUGUGGGAGUACAGAGGCUGGCCAGCCUGGCCUGGCUGGGGGGGGGUGGGGUCAGGGUGGGGCACCAGAGGUCCAGGUGGCCACAGGGCAGCAGCCUCUGCCUCUUACCCAGCACAGCGCUGAGGAGAAUAGGUAAGGAGGAAGCAGAAACUGAGUCCCUCCCCUCCCGUCACCAAUCAGCCAAACAGAAACCAGAAGGUUACGCGCCG